AGAGGUAUUCCCUGAAAAUCACCAUGGCAUGGAAUAUAUAUAGGAUCUCCCUUAUUUUGCUUUCAGUGUUCCUGGCACAGCAAGUUUCUUCACAAGAACUGUCUUGCAAAGGACGUUGCUCUGAGAGUUUUGAAAGGGGGAGACCGUGCGACUGCGAUGCAGAUUGUGACAGAUACGGCAAGUGUUGUCCAGAUUACGAAGAAGCAUGUUUAGUAGUUCCGACUACUCCGGCACCCACCACCACCACCACGGUCUCAACGACAACGACAACGACCACAACCACGCCUCUGCCAACGACCACCACGGCCAAACCAUCAACUACAACACCAAAGCCAAAGUCUACAACCAAACGUUCUCCCAAACUUAAGCCCAAGCCCAAACCUAAACCCAAGCCUAAACCCAAACCCAAAAUGAAACCUAAACCCAUCCCUCCAAAGAAGAAAAAGAAGCAAAAGAAAGUGUCGCAUGAAAUUAUGGAAGAACAUUCUGAACAGUCCUCUUCAUCCUCCUCCUCUUCGAAGAUUCGGAGAACUAUGGCUUCAUCAACAAAUUCUGGUGAUAAGCGCAAGAAGAAGAAGAAGGGUAAAACUGACGAGGAAUUGGAAGAAGAAGAAGAAGAAGUGAAUGAAUCAUCAAAGUCAUCAUUAAAAUCUUUAAAAUCCAAAGCUGUGAAAGUGAUUUCAGAGGAGGAUGGCAGUGGAAUAGACAAUGCAGUGACAACAGUAGCUACCACGUCGACAACAACGCAGCCUUCAACCACAACCACCCUGCCUUCAACUACAACCACAACCAAGCUGCCUACGACCACGACAAAUCUUCCUACUACGACAACGACCACCAAGCUUCCUACCACAACCACCACCACAACACAGCCUACGACGACAACGAAGCAGCCAACAACCACGUCCACAACAACACAGCCUACGACAACGAAGCAGACAACAACCACAACCAAGCUGCCUACGACAACAACCACAGCAAAGCUACCUACGACCACGACGGAACUACCUUCUACGACCACAAAGCAAGCUGACACAGAGAAAACAACCCCAGGAAAUAAAGAUAGCGAACCCACCAAGGAAACUCCAACUAACAAGAAUACAAACACUACAGUAACACAGGUGACUACAACUUCCUUGAAAACAUCAAAACCCCCUGACACCCCAUCCUCGACUGUGGACAAGACUACAACGUAUACCUCCACUUUGCCCACAAUACUUAUACCUACAAAAAGAAAAACUACGACAUACUCCACAAUCUCUAGCGUAAGGCUUCCCGAGUGGAUUACCAACCUAACUGCAGAGUAUGUUCGACCAGAAAAGUUUGUCACACCUCUGUUGUACAAAGAUGUACCUCAAGAGAUGAACUUAUGUAACCGGAAGCCGGCAGAUGGGAUAGUCCCUUUACAAAAUGGAUCACUGGCUGUAUUCAGAGGCCAUUACUACUGGUUGCUGAAUGGAACAAGUCCACCAUCACCUUGCCCUCGUAAAAUCACAGAGGUGUGGGGUAUCCCCUCUCCCAUCGACACAGUCUUCUCUAGAUGUAACUGUGAUGGCAAAACCUUCUUUUUUAAGGAUUCUCAGUACUGGCGCUUCACCAAUGAUAAAAUGGAUUCUGGCUAUCCCAAGGCAAUUGUAAAAGGAUUUGGAGGACUGAAUGGAAAAAUUACAGGUGCUCUCUCUGUGGCUAAACACAAGAACAGGCCAGAAACGGUUUAUUUCUUUAAAAAAGGCGGCAACCUCCAGCAAUAUACCUACAAACAAGGAGGAACGAAGAAAUGCACCAAAAAGAAAGUGGUGACUGUGAACUAUCCGGCUUACAAACCAAAAGCUGUGAUCAGGAAAAGGCGGAGGCGCUUUGAACGUUCAGUAAGACCGGCUCAAAUUCUCCGGACCGUCGGAGUCCAGCAUCGCCCAGUUGUUCAGUUCAGGCACCAGGCGACUGGCGUCUUGCAGCCAGAGGUCAAAGUUGCCUCAUAUUGGAGAGGAUUCCCAAAAGAAGUGAAUUCUGUUAUAUCGGUUCCAAAUGAUCAGAAGCCAGAUGGUUAUGAUUACUAUGCUUUUUCUAAAGAUCAAUACUACAGCGUGGACGUGGGCAGCAGAAUAGCAAGACCAGUCACACUACAGACUGGGCAGACUGUGUCCGGAGCCUGGUACAAGUGUCCUUUAGAGUGAUUUG